UUUCUGCCAUAUUUAUUUAAAAUGGGUGAUCGAGCACAACUUUUUGUUGGUAGAUUAAACAAGGAUACUCGCGUUAAAGAUUUAGAAGCUAUAUUUACUCCUUAUGGACGUAUGAUUAGAUGCGAUAUUAAAUAUGGUGUGGGUACAGCAUAUGCAUUUGUCGAUUAUGAUGACAAAAGAGAUGCUGAUGAUGCUGUAAGAUAUGAAAAUGGUCGUACUAUAUUAGGGAACAGAAUAGUUGUGGAGUUUGCUAAAGGAAAAUCAUACAGGCCAAAUAUGCAACAGCGACAAUCAGUAAAAGGUGUUGAUGAAUGUUAUAAAUGCCAUAGAUCAGGUCAUUGGGCCAGGGAUUGUCCAGAUUACAAAGAUGAUCGAUAUAACCGAGGAGGUGGUGGAGGAGGAAGAGAUAGACGCCGAAGAUCAUAUUCAAGAUCAGUUUCUAGACAUAGAAGUGAUAGAGACAGAGAUAGAAGAGGUGGAGGUGGUGAUAAAUACAGCAAGCGUGAUAGCCGCAGUCACAGUCGUGACAAGAAACGCAGUAGUCGACGUGAUAGAAGAAGCAGAAGCAGUCGCUCAGAUGAUUAUCAUUCAAACAAUAAGCGCAAAAACCAUGGCUCAACAAAGAGAAGCACUUCACGUGACCGUCAUUCAUCAAAACACUCAUCCCAUAGUAAAAGUGUCACCAAAGGUUCUUCACCUACUAAGAUAGCCAGCAGAAGCAGAAGUAGAUCUAUCCCAACUAGAUCGCCAAGAAGUAGAAGUAAAGACAUGGAUACUGAUCAUAAAAACAAUGAUUACAAAGCAAGUAAUGGAAGAGAUGAUGACGAUGAGGACAAGGAAAGUAGAAGGGAGAAAGAAGGAUCAACGCCCAUAACUGCUAGAUCUAAAAGCAAAUCAAAAUCCAGGUCUAAGUCUAGAAGUCAAAGAUCUGAGAGUCCCUCUAGAUCCACAUCCCGUAAAUCUUCUAGGGGUAGAUCAGGUUCUAGAAGUCAAGAAAGAGAAACUGCACCUCUUGAGAAUGAAAAUGGUGAUGAUAGUAGUAGGAAUGAGGAAGAAGAUGAGUCUAUGAGGGAUUAAAAUUUUUUAGCCUUAUAAAAUCGAAAUGAUAAACUUAAUGUUUUUAUAUUUCAUGAUGUUACUAUACACUGUCUUGUGAAAAUAUUGAUAAUGAUUUAUAACAUUAUCUUAACCUUGAUAUGAAUAUUGUAAAUAUUUUUUGAUAUAACCAUACCUUAUAUUUUGACAUUUUUUUAAAUUCAAAUCAUAAAUAGUUGCAAUUGUAAAUACAGAAUAUUAUACAUAAUGUUAAAGAUUAAGCUUUAAUACAAUAUACCAUC